AUGCGUCAACGUAUCCCGUAUGACAUCGAUGUUCUCAUUAUCGGCGCCGGCCCGGUUGGUAUGCUUUUGGCAUACCAGCUCGACCGCCUCGGCAUCUCUUGCAUCAUCGCAGAGCGGAACCUCGAAACGACAAAAUGGCCAAAAAUGGAUCUGACCAACUGUCGGAGCAUGGAAAUACUCAGGGUGCUAGGGUUAGCAGAUGAAUACAGGGCACAGGCCGAGGCUGUCAGCUCAGAUGCAAAUUUUAAUUCGGUUUUCGUCACAAGUCUGUCGGGCGAGGGACGUCUGCUUGCUGACUGGAAAAUCACAUCGGUUAAUGAGCAACGUGAAUAUAUAAGGACGCACAAUGAUGGGACACAACCCGCUGAGCCAGGUCAACGGUGCUCGCAGAUCGUUUUUGAGGCUUGGCUCAAAGAGCUUAUUUGCGGCAAAGCCAAUGUGACGACUAAGUUUGGAUGGACCUACAUGAGCCAUGUUGAAACGGACGAUGGAGUGUUGGCUACUUUUCUCGAUUGUACUGGUGCAACGUAUACAAUCCGAGCACGCCAUCUGGUCGGUUGUGAUGGUGGUAGCAGCAGAGUUCGGAAAUCUGCCGGCAUCAAAAUGCUUGGAGGUCAAAUUCCCGUGCGUUUCUACCUGGUUCAUUUCAGAUCCGCGGAGCUAGCUCAGGAGCUGCAUUUUGGCCGGUUCUGGCAUGCAUUUCCAGUCGGCACCGGGUUUAUCAUUGAUCAGGAUGAAAACCAGACUUUCACAGCACACCUUCCCCUCACCGAUGGGGCCACUGGGCCUAUUGACCCAGAGGAAAUUGUCUACAAAACACUUGGAGGGUGCCUUGGAGAGUGGCGCAUCAAGAUAGAUGAAGUUCUCAUCCAUAGCGAGUGGCAGCCGAGCUUCAGUAUUGCAGAGAGUUAUUCCACGGAAAGUGGACGCGUACUGCUGGCUGGAGACUCAGCACAUAGAAACCCACCCCACGGCGGCUACGGAAUGAAUAGCGGACUUGUCGAUGCAAUUGAUCUUGGUUGGCGACUCGCUGCAGUUAUCAAAGGAUACGGAGGAGAUGCACUACUCAAAGCGUACGGCGAUGAGAGACGCCCGAUGAUGAUUCGGGCUCUUCAGCGGUCCCACCGUCACGUUCUCGAGCACGUCAACCUAGGAGACAUAUACAGCAAAUUUUGGGACAGCUUGACAGGCAAUUCAUCUGAAGACGACUGGAAGAAUGUGUUAAAGCUCGUCAAUAGUUAUGUCACUAAGUCAGGACCCGAAACAUUAGACCGCGGGAUUGAACUUGAUCUUAGAGGUAUCAUCCAAGCACUCGACCGGGAUCCAGAGCACCACAUGUGUUCCUCGAAGAUGGAAGUACCAGCAUUUACGACCUCUUUGGAGUGGAAUGGACCUUGGUUCAUUUCGCAAGAGAGGAUGAGGAUGAUUGUAUCGACAUAUUUCUGGACGUAG